GUCUUCGCGUCCGCCGACCGCGACCUGGCUCUGUGGACGAACCGCCAGGAACACCUGACGGUGCUUUCCGUCGCUCCGGGCGACGGGUUAAACACAGCAUACAGGAUGCUGGUUCGCGCCCUGGACGGCCUCGCGGAGAUUCUUCGGCGGCGCAGACCCGGACAGGACCAGGCCUUUGCUGUCUCGGAACGAUUGGGCUACUUGACCUCCGACCUCGGCCGUCUGGGCGCUGCCCUGCACGCCAGUGUGCUGCUGAAGUUGCCGCGGCUGGCAGCCAUGGAGGCGUCCCACCCCAGCAGUGCGGCGGGAAGCUGGAGGUCAUGGGCUGGCUUGCGCCGUGUGAAGGUGGAGCCCGUCUCCACGCUGGCCUCUGGGCAAAAGGUAGAGGGCUACUUCCGGAUCUCGAACAUGGACACCUUCCUUGCCACGGAUGAAGAGAUCCUGUCGGCACUGGAGGAGGUAGCCUUGCGGUUGGCCAUCGCAGAGCAGCAAAUCACAACGCUGACUGCAGACUCCGACCAGCUGUUUCCCAUCCUUACCUCGGUGCUGUCGGCGGCAGAGGCACGUGGUGAGAGCCGCACCUCGUUGCUCAGCGUCUUCUCGGGCAUAGUGACGACGGAGGGGAGUGAAGACUUAUCACAGGAGGUGCUAUCCGCGAUGAUGCGGGAGGCGACGGCGACGCCUCGCCAAGAGCUCGAGACUCUUGCAGAGGGGAACGAGGAAGAGGAGCUGGGAUCUCUGAAAGACAGGGUGCGCCUGGCUAUGUACUCCAAGCUCGAGGAUGGCUCACUGCAGGAGGCCUUGCAGGAUGCCGCCGACACGUCAGGCGCGCAGUACUUCUCGGACCUGCCCCCGCCCCCGCCGCCUGCGGACGGCUUUGAUGAUGGCGACCUUGAGGCGGAUGCCUUGGUGACUGCCCUGCGGACCAUGCCGCGUCCGACUCCUCAAGUGGAGAAGGAGCCCGAGAUCGAGCCCAUGACGGCGGCAGAGGAGGCAGCACAGCAGGCCCCACGGCAGCCGAGCCCGCAGGACCUCGCAGCAUUGCGGAAGCGCACGGCAGACCUCCUGGCUCAGGCUGCGGACACUGGCGGCCUCGAGCAGAUCUUGACGGAGGUGAAGAAGGAGAUGUUCGAUGAAGUCCGGAGCAAAGUCGCCGGCCUCCUGACCCAGGCGGCCGACAAUGGCGACUUGGAGAAGAUCCUCCAGGACGUGAAAGUCAGCGACGGGGCCACGCCGGAGCAGUGGCAGCUGCGGCAGAAGGCAGCACAGCUCCUGACGCAGGCGGCUGGCAACGGACUCCUGGAAAGCGUCCUGGGACACGAGGAUAGCAAGAAGACCAGCAAGGGCGAUGCUGAGACGAGAGAAGAGGUCCGUGCGCGAGCGGCGAAGCUGCUUGCUGAGGCAGCCGCUAACGGCGGGCUGGAGAAGGCCCUUGCCUCCCUGGAGAAGGAGCCGCAGAAGCACGGCGAGGCCAGCGUCCGCGAGCGAGCGGCGAAGCUGCUGGCUGAGGCAGCCGACAAUGGUGAGCUGGAGAAGGUACUUGGCUCAGUGAAGGGCACGCCGCGCAUGGAGGAUCAGCUGGCGGACAUCCGCGCAGCUGCUAAGGCGUCCCUGCUGGAGGCUGCGGAGUCCGGUGCUCUGGAGACGAUCGUGGCCGAUCUCCAGAGGGAGAAGGCGUCGUACUUGGGCGACGUCCGCGCGCGGGCUGCCGAGAUGCUGAUAGAGGCUGCAGAGACUGGGCGCUUGCAGCAGGUGCUUGGCGAGGUGCACCAACGCCAGAGCUCUGCCCGGGAGGCGACCUUGCUUGACGUGCGCCAGCGCGCGGCCAUGCUGCUCUCCGAGGCGUCGGCGAACGGCAAGCUGGAGCAGAUCUUAGGCGAGAUCCACGUGAAGGACACCAAAGGUACCAAAGCUGAUUCAGAGGCCCUGUUGGCUGCCGCGCGCGAUAAGGUGAAGUCGCAGCUGCAGCAGGCUGCCCAAGACGGACGGCUGGAAACAGCCCUGCGGGCCUUGGGAGAGGAGGCCCGUGGCGAAACGAAACCUUCUCAAGCAGUGGCGACGUACGAUUACGACUCGGACUUCGAAGAGUUCUUGAGAAAGCCAGCGCCAGCUGAGCCGAAAGUGGAGGAGGCGCCGCACGCCGAAGGUGAAGCAGCGCUCAAGCAGAGGAUCAAGACCAGUUUCCUCACUGCUUUGGACGACGGCUCCCUGGAAGAGGCGCUGAAGUCCGUCGCGGGUGACCCAGGUGAGGAGGCCGUGCGCCAGAGGCUGGAGAAGCGGCUCCUGGAAUCCUUGAAGGAUGGUUCACUCGAGGAGGCGGUGAAGCUGGCACUGCCAGCCCCCACAUCGCUCCAAGUUCCAACGCAAACGCAGACAGUGGAGGAGUUCUCCGCCAGGAUGUUCCUGGAGGCAUUCGCUGAGAAGGGCCGGCGGCUGGACACACUGCUGGCCCGAAUCGCCGAGGCGGAGGCACAGAUCAAGCAGCGCGAACAGCGCUGCCAGCAACUUCAGGCACAUGUGGCACAGAACAAGAUGGAGCUGGCCCACUUGGACUUGGACUUUGAGUGGUGCUCGAAGCUCCUGGACUCGGCGGAGAUCCGCCGAGGGGAGCUGCAGGCAGCCCAGAGGAAGCUCCUGGGCACGCUCCAUGGCAAGAUGUACGAGUUGGCCGACGUCACGUCGCGCUUGACCCCGCGCUCCCCGCAGCCGCCGAGCCCCUGCCCCUCCCUGCCUCGCCAUGCUUAA